AUGGUCGUAGAAGCGCACCAUCACAGAUCAACCCUCAAGCAGAAAAACAAACCCUUCAAAUCUCAUCAUGCCACUAAAUCUGCUCUCAAAGACAUCGCAAAAGGUCGCACUGCUCGCCAAAGCACAAAAUCUCCGGCAGUAAGCACUGUCACACAGGCUCGCCUCAACAGGCGCAACACACAAAAGCAAGUUCAGGCCACUAAACGCGCCUCCCUCAUCGCUGCGACCCGUAUCUUCAGCGGCAUCGAUGGCGCCCCACGCAUCGUCGCCAUCAUCCCCCUUUCCGAAGACAUCGACACCAAAACAUGUAUCCAAGCCCUCGGAAAAUGCGUAGAUGAAGAGAUCCACGGGAUAAACGAGAAAAAAAACAUAUGGACCAUGAAAACAUCCCGAUUCAAAACGUCCCUCCAAUUCCUCCCCGUACCCUUCGCUCGCCCAUUCGCUGCUCUAGAUGCAGCCCGCGCCGCAGACUAUACGCUCCUCCUGCUCUCCCCGACCAUCGAAGUUACCCCUGCAGGUGACACCCUCCUCCGCAUGCUCCAAGCACAAGGCCUCCCUACAGUCAUCGCAGCCAUCCCGCCAACGACCACGGAAUACAUCGAUGCAAAGGCCAGACCAGCAGUACUCAAAAGCCUCCUCUCCUUCAUACAAUACUUUGAUCCCACUCAGCGCCGAGUGUUCGAUCUCAGUGCGCCAGCAGACUCACUCAACACCCUGCGAGCCCUCGCAGAGGGGUGUCCUGGCGAGGUCAAGUGGCGCGCAGGGCGGCCGUGGGUGGUAGGUGAGAGUGUGGAACGAGGAGAGGGCGGAGUGUUGAAGGUGACGGGUGUCGUUCGUGGGGGAAGACUUAGCCCCGAUCGGCUCGUGCAUAUUCCUAACCAUGGAGAUUAUCUAGUUUCGAAGAUUAUGUCUGCUCCACUCCCUCGCACGAAGCAUGCUAAGCCUGGCGGCAUGGAUGUGGAAGCUGAGCCUGUGCUCCUCGCUGAACGCGUCCCAUCCUCCGCUGACUCCCUAGUGAGCACGAACGUUGCAGACGAUAUGGCGAACGAACAAACAUGGCCGACGGAAGAGGAGAUGGCGGGUGCACUGCAAGGCACUGGGGAGGGUGAGGUACCAGAUGCAAAGAAAGGCACGACGCCGAAGCGUAUCAGGCGCAUUCCUAAGGGUAUGACUGAGUAUCAAGCUUCGUGGAUCGUGGAUGAGAGUGAGGAUGAAGACCAGGAUGAGAACCAGGACGGGGAGGAGCAGGGAGGAGGGCGAAUAGAUGAGGACGAGGAGAUGGUACUCGAUGAUACGCUGGACAUGGAAAGCGAGCGCAAAAGCGUGGUCGCGUUCCAAGAACUUGACAUGGAAGAAGAACAAAAGCAACUUACAUCGUGGCGCAAGCGCUCCCAAGAAGAACAAGACGCCCAAGCUUUCCCAGAUGAAAUCGAUACCCCACAAGAUAUCCCUGCACGUACACGGUUCGCGCGGUUCCGUGGGCUUCGAUCGCUCCGCACGAGUCCGUGGGACCCGUAUGAGAACCUGCCUAGCGAUUAUGCACGGAUAUUCGAAUUCGAGGACUUCAAGCGUACCGAAAGGGACAUGUGGCACGAAUUGGAGGAUAACGGGAUUGAGCCCGGAAGGCGCGUAACAAUCUUUAUUGAGGGUGUCUCGCCCGAAGCCAGCGUGCCCUCCGAGUCGCCGUUUGUAAUAUACGGAUUGUUGAAACACGAGCACAAGAAAACAGUCCUACACUUUACCGUACAGCGGAACACAGAGUGUGAAGGUUCUGUUAGAUCAAAGGACCCCCUGAUCCUGUGUUACGGACCCCGCAGACUACGCGUCAACCCCGUGUACUCUCACCACACUCGUGGCGGCGGGAAAGGCGCAAACAACGUCCACAAAUUCGAGAGGUUCUUAUGGCACGGCACUACGACUGUCGCGAGCGUCUACGCACCAAUCAUGUUCGGGAAGCAGCCGUGCAUGCUCCUACGUGAGACGCAAAAUCCACAAACGCCGGAGCUCGUGGCGAUGGGAACGUUCAUGAAUCCUGAUACUACACGUAUCAUCGCGAAGCGAAUCAUCCUCACGGGCCACCCGUUCAAAGUGCACAAAAAAACCGCUACAGUGCGGUACAUGUUCUUCAACCCAGACGACAUCCAGUAUUUCAAGCCUAUUCAGCUGUUCACAAAAUAUGGGCGGACGGGACAUAUCCGGGAGUCGCUUGGGACGCAUGGGUAUUUCAAGGCGCAUUUCGAUGGGCCUAUCAAUCAAAUGGAUACGGUGUGUAUGUCGUUGUAUAAGCGCGUGUACCCACGGUGGAGCGAGAAUUGGGCGACGCUUGGUGCGAGCAGCGGGAAGGGUGAUGAGAUGGAGGAGUAA